AUGGGCAUUUGUAUGUCUUCCAAUGGCAUGGACAGCGGGACGGAAGAGGAGAGGCGGCGCCAUAGGGAGAUCGAGAGGCAGUUGAAGGAAGACAAAGCGAAGGAUGCCAAUAUUGAGCGAAUCCUACUACUUGGCUCCGGUGAUUCGGGAAAAUCGACGAUUGUAAAGCAAAUGAGAAUUAUUCAUAACAUGGCGUUCACUCCAGCUGAACUGGAAACGUACCGCCAGGUUGUAUAUAGCAACAUGAUUGAUGGGUUGAAAGAAAUUAUAAACGCCCUCGAAGAUUUUGAACUUGCCCUCGAUCCUGCCAACACGGUGCAUGCCAUCGCUCUCGGAGGGAACCAUGACAUCAAAGAAGGGGACUCGUUUCCCGCCCCAAUGCAGGCCCACCUCGCUGCCCUGUGGAAUGAUUCAGGGAUUCGCAGGAUGUAUGCUCGUGCAAACGAGGCCGCCCUGCCUGACAACUUUUUUGAUGACCUCCAAAGGCUUUUUGAACCAAAUUACCUGCCUAACGAUCAGGAUCUACUGCAUUGCCGUGUACGGUCAACGGGGAUGACAGAAACCAAGUUCCGCCUCGGCGGAAAGUAUCUCCACAUGAUUGACGUCGGUGGACAGAAAUCUGAAAGACGGAAAUGGAUCAAUGCCUUUUCUGAUAUCGAUGCCAUACUCUUCUUGGUCAGCCUCAACGGCUAUGAUCAGUGCAUGUUUGAGGAUCGUCACGCGAAUCAAAUGCAGGACGCGAUGGAAGUUUGGGACUCCAUUUGUAACAACAGAAUUUUCCUCGAGACUCCCUUUAUUUUGUUCUUCAAUAAGAAAGACUUGUUUGAGACAAAAGUCCAAUAUUCUGCUAUUCGCGAUAACUUCCCGGAUUAUGAGGGACCUGAUCAAGAUCCGAGGGCCGGUAUGGAAUACUUCAAGGGCCGAUUUCUUCGCUUGUGCCACAGACAACGUGGAGGCGAGCGUGAUAUUUACACACAUUAUACAACUGCAACCAAUACCAAAACGCUAAAAAUUAUAAUGAAAGCUGUAGAAGGUAUGCAUCUUGUUAUUCCAGUAUUCACUGGUCCCUGA